AUGGCUUCGCGAGGAGUUUCCGUCCUCAAGUUUGUCGGCACCGUCUCGCUCGGCCUGCUGACGGGCCUGUCCUACUCCCUCUCGACCCUCACCGUCCCUACCCUCCUCGACCUUCCCUCCGCAUCUAGCGCUUCGCGCGCCUUCAAGACUCUUGCCACCGCCGCCAAGGCCCAGCUGCGCACUCUCGCCGCAGUCUCGGGCACUUCCUUCUUCCUCGCCUUCGCCUUGUCUCCGCGCGCCUUCCGCCACCCGUACCUGCUCUACACCUCGGUCCUGGUGCUGGCCUCGCGGUUCGCCCUCCCCGGCGCCGUUGCGCCAUACCUGAUCAACUUCCCCCAGCACAAGUCGUCGAGUGCCUCGGCACCCCCAAGACAACAGUCCCGCAAGGACCGCUCUGCUGCCCGCCACAUGGAGAUGAGCUACGACAUGAUCGGCUCCGAUGUCCACAGCGAGGCCACCCUCGACUCGGCCAGCGAGAAGAGCAUCGAGGACGAUAACGUCGCCACCCCCACAUCUGAUAAUGUCAACGGCGAGGAGGUCCGCAGCGAGGUCGAGGACUUCCUCAAGAAGCAGAUCGUGUCUACUGCCGUGGCUGGGCUUGGCUUUGUGAUGGCCGUCAUUGGCAUCUGGGGCGAUGGCGUUGCUGGUUAUGUGUCUGAGGCUUAUGUGAAUGUCAUUGAGAUUUGA